AUGGAUGGGGCGGGGGCGCGGCCGGCGUCGCCGCCCCCCUGCACUUCCUGUGUCCCCUGCAGUUGCCUGGGGGACUUCUUGGACCAGGCCAGCAUCCCCUGCCUGGCGUACAUGCGCAGGGGGCAGCAUGGCGCGCAGAGGUUAUUUUGGUUUCUGAUUUUCUGCUUGGCCUUUGGAGCAUUUCUAUACUUCUUCUCGAUGACAAUGAAUAAUUACAACGAAUCACCUGUCAUCUUGGGGCGUGAUAAACACGCCCGCCACGUAGGGGACCUUCAUUUUCCAGCGGUUACUAUUUGCCCCGAGUCAAAAAUAAAUCUUACGUUAUUCAACUACACUGACACGUUCAUCCGAUAUCAAAGAAAAGAAAAUUUGUCAGAAGAAGAAAAAGAAAUAUUGAACGAUCUUUCAUAUCAAUGUGAGCAAGGAUUUAAAUCUGAGAAUCCAAAUAUCAAUACAAUUUAUCGAAUAGAGAAGUUCUCCUUGGAUCCUUAUGAAACCAUAGCCGUUGUAUAUUUUUUGGAUGACACGGCACCACCAACGGACUUUAAACCCGUUCUUACCGAUGUUGGGAUGUGCUUCUCAUUUAAUAUGCUUCCUGGGAACAUGCUUUUUGCGAAUGACACGUUUCAUUCAUCCAGGAGCUAUCUUGAUUAUGAUUAUUCCAACGAAACUCUGUGGGACCCGGAUUUGGAUUUCAAUUUAGAUCACUCUUCGACGUAUCCUUUCAAAGCCUUUGGAGCGGGUGUUAAAAGAGGACUCCAUUUCUACGUGUUCGUAGAGACACACAAUUUAGAUUUUCUUUGCUCUGGAGCUGUUGAAGGAUUCAAGGCGUCGCUGCGCAGCUCCUUCGCGCCCGACGACCGCCUGUGCUUCUUCCCCGGCGAGCGCGCGCUGCGGUUCUUCAAGCACUACACGCUGGCCAACUGCGAGCUCGAAUGCCUCGCCAACGCCACCCUGCGCGCGUGCGGUUGCGUCGAGUUCUACAUGCCCAGGUCUCCGGAGACACCUAUCUGCGGACAAAAAAAUUUGACUUGUUCACGAAGGGUAGCAACGUUAUUGCACGCAGCACAGCUUGGAAUUGAAACCGAGGUAGAAGAUCAUUGUAAUUGUCUUCAAAGUUGCAGUUACGUGAAGUAUAAAAGCAAGAUGUCCUUAUCAAGUCUUCUCACUGAAAGAUACUUCGAACUUUUAGCAGACAAGAAGGCACAUACAGCUAUCAGAGCUACGGUAAUAUCAAUUUAUUUCGAGGAAGCUACCUACACACCCAUGCGCAGAUAUGAAAUGUACUCUUUGCCUGACUUUAUUGUACUAGUACUUGUAUGA